AAAAUAGGAAUCAUAGGCCAAGCCGAAGUUCAGAGGGCCGACGAGCAAGAAGUUUUCUCUCUGUAGGCAUAAAAUACAAGAUCCACCGAAUUCGUCGAUCGGGGAAAGCUUCGACACAACGAGAUGGCCCGCUACGACCGAGCGAUCACCGUCUUCUCGCCGGAUGGUCACCUGUUCCAGGUGGAGUACGCCCUCGAGGCCGUUCGAAAGGGAAAUGCUGCCGUCGGCGUUCGCGGUACCGACACGAUCGUCCUUGGAGUCGAGAAGAAAGCUACACCCAAACUGCAGGACUCCAGGACUAUGAAGAAGAUCGCGAGUCUCGACACCCACAUCGCCCUAGCCUGCGCCGGUCUCAAAGCCGACGCUCGCGUCCUUAUCAAUCGUGCGCGGAUUGAGUGUCAGAGCCACCGUCUCACGCUCGAGGAUCCUGUAACGGUUGAAUACAUAACUCGCUAUAUCGCGGGUCUGCAGCAGAAGUAUACUCAGAGCGGCGGUGUCAGGCCGUUUGGCCUCUCCACUCUUAUUGUGGGCUUCGAUCCUUACACAGGCGAGCCUGCUCUGUACCAGACUGACCCUUCGGGGACUUUUUCUGCUUGGAAGGCCAAUGCGACUGGGAGGAAUUCCAAUUCUAUGAGGGAAUUCCUUGAGAAGAACUUCAAGGAGACGUCAGGCCAGGAGACAGUAAAACUGGCUAUCCGGGCACUGCUUGAGGUCGUUGAGAGUGGGGGUAAGAACAUAGAGGUUGCUGUCAUGACAAAAGAGCACGGUCUUCGCCAGCUCGAGGAAUCUGAGAUUGAUGCCAUUGUUGUUGAAAUUGAUGCAGAGAAAGCAGCAGCUGAAGCUGCAAGGAAAGCCCCUUCAAAGGAAACCUGAUUUGAUUUUGAAAUUUUUUCUGUUUGGCGUUUCUGAGAACCCAUCUUUUCCUUCCUGAAAACUCCCAUUAAAUAAACACUUAAAACUCUCUUUUAUUUAAUGCUCUAGCUUGUAGGUUUUGGCAAAUUACUGGUCUCCUCAUAUGAUCUACUUUCCAAAGUUUCUUGUGAACUCAA